AUGCUCCUCCGUGUUUCAAGGAAUCUGAAGGAAACCUACUUGAUAGAAAUAAAUAUCGCUUUCCAAAAAUACAUUUGCUCAUUCAAUCAUAGUCGUGAGAGAAGCAAUCACCAUGGCGGGAAAGGUCGCCAGAAUGAAUAUCCUCGUGAGGACGAGGGUAGCUAUACUAUCGAAGAGAUGAUUCGCCAAGAAAACCAGGAAACAAAAGACUCCUACCUCAGGCACUUUGCGUCCGUUGCCGGUCAGUACAAGGGUGUUGCUGAUGAAUACGAAACUAACUUUGUGAAGGAAAAUGCCAAACUACAAGGUGUUUUGAAGCCUCGCCUAGGAUCCGAUGCAAUAACAGAGUACAAGAGACGGGAAUAUGCUGAAUCCACCUGUCCUUCAUGCAUGGAUCAUACACCACAUUACCUUGUAAUAAGUGUCAGGCAUCGCAUGUUUCUCUCAUUGCCCGAACACGUGAGCCUAUCGCAGGGGCAUUGCUUCAUUACUCCACUGGAGCACGUAGGCGCAAUGACACGGCUCGACAAGGCAGCAGUUGAGGAGGCGUGUGCCUUUAAACGUGAUCUUUGCCGUAUGGCCGCCUUGUGGAAGGGCAAAGGAGCGUCCUGCGUCUUCAUGGAGGUAGCCAGCUAUUCCACUUCAUUCAAACACCAUACUCAAAUAGAGUGCGUUCCUGUUAGUCGGGAGACAAUGGACGAACUACCAUCUUAUUUCAAAAAAGCCAUGCUUGACCUUGGCUCGGAGUGGGAUCAGAAUACUAGACUAAUCGACCUUGCGCGACUGGGGGCUAGGGUGCGCAAGAUUAUACCGCCCAAUUUUGGAUAUUUUUGUGUUGAGUUCGGCGUCGAUGGUGGUGGCUACGCGAAGGUGAUCGAUAACUGGUCGACCUUUCCCCCCCACUUUGGACAGGAGGUGCUUUCCGGUGUCUUGGGGAAGUCGCCAGAAAAAUGGAGGAAGCCAAAAAAGGAGUCAUUGGAACAGCUUCGAAGGAAGGUAGUUGAGUUCGAAGAGAAGUGGAUAAGUGUAGAGGAGGGCGCUAACGAAACCAACAUCACGACUCAACACACUGAAGCAGCUUCCACCAUCCCUGACGCUGCCGAAUGUGUCUUGGAGCCUGAAGGUCCUGCGCUGCCCCCUUAA